AUGGACGAUUUUGUCUUGACCAUCUCCGACUCCGAACAGGAGGUUCCGGACUACGACUCCAGUGAUGAUGAGCAGAUCGUGCCGAAGAACGCCAAGGUGAAGAAGGCAAUUCAGGCCAAGAAGGCCAAGAAGGCCCAGAAGACUGAGGUUGUCAACGCAGAAGACGAAGUUGACGAGAACUUGAACCCAGACUUCCAGUUCAGUUUGGACGGUUUCGAGACGACCGACAACUUUGAGGGCUGGGACUUUGGUGAUGAGGAAGUUAAGGAUAGCAAUGGUAAUGUUAUCAAGAAGGAUGUUGACUUGGACAGUAUUUUGAGAAGAAAGGGUGGUUUAGGUCAAUUGGUUGGUGGUCAGACCUCUGACAUUGAAGAGGAGGAGGAAGCAGACGAUGAAGAUUUAGCCAUGGAUGGGUUUGGUAUGGGUGCCAAGCCCGAGGAAUCUGAAGAAGAUGAAGAUGAAGAUGAAGAGGAAGAGGAAGAAGAAGAAGAGGAGGUUACUGAAUUAAAGUCCAGUGAUGUCUCGGGAAAGAUUACAGUCGAACAGGAAGACUCAGCAGAGCAAUUAGCAGAGUUUUUUUCCGCAGAAUCUGAAACCUUUACUGCGACCCAGAAGCAAACUCACACCACCUUCAACACCUUAAACCUCUCGCGCCCAUUGUUGCGUGGUCUCUCCCAGUUAGGCUAUACCACUCCAUCCCCUAUUCAGUCUGCCACCAUCCCGAUGGCCAUGUCUGGUAAGGACAUUGUUGCUGGGGCAGUGACUGGUUCGGGUAAAACCGCUGCCUUCAUGAUCCCGAUCAUCGAGAGAUUGUUGUACAAGCCGGCCAAGAUUGCAUCCACGCGUGUCAUCGUGUUAACCCCUACCCGUGAGUUAGCGAUCCAAAUUUCCGAUGUCGGAAAGAGAAUCGGGCAGUUUGUCAACGGGUUGUCCUUCGGUUUGGCCGUCGGUGGUUUGAACUUGCGCCAGCAGGAAUUAAACUUGAAGAGCAGGCCCGAUAUUGUCGUUGCGACCCCGGGUAGAUUCAUCGAUCACAUUCGCAACUCGCCAUCCUUCUCCGUUGAUGCAGUUGAGGUGCUCGUCAUCGAUGAGGCCGAUAGAAUGUUGGAGGAAGGUUUCGCAAAGGAAUUAACCGAGAUCUUGCAGUUGUUGCCGGGAAAGAGACAGACCUUGUUGUACUCUGCCACGAUGAACUCCAAGAUCAACUCCAUGAUCCAGUUGUCGCUUAGAUCGCCUGUCAGAAUCAUGUUGAACCCGCCAAAGCAAGCCGCCACCGGCUUGGUCCAGGAGUUCAUCAGAAUCCGUAAGAGAGAAAACUUGAAGCCAUCUGUGCUUUUCAGUGUCUUGAAGAAGAUCGACCAUCAGCAACAGCACCGUAUCGUUGUUUUUGUGGCCCGUAAGGAAAUGUGCCACAAGUUGCGUAUCAUUCUUGGGUUGUUGGGUAUGAAGGUUUCUGAGUUGCAUGGUGGGUUGACCCAGCAGCAGCGUUUACAGUCUGUUACUGACUUCAAGAACUUGGUUGUUCCAAUUUUGAUCUGUACCGAUUUGGCCUCCAGAGGUUUGGAUAUUCCGAAGAUCGAGUAUGUUGUCAACUUUGACAUGCCGAAAUCUUAUGAAAUCUACUUGCACAGAGUCGGGAGAACCGCGCGUGCCGGACGAAACGGUAAGUCCAUCUCGCUCGUGGGCGAGUCUUCCCUCGACAGAAGUAUCGUCAAGGAGGCAAUCAAGGGGGUGGAGACCCAGAACGGUGGUAAGGCGGUCGGUAGAAACAUUGACUGGAAGGAGGUUGAAUCCUUGUUCAAGGUCAUUGCCGACAAGGGUGAUAUUGUGGAGGAGGUUUUGGAGGAAGAAAAGAGCGAAAAGGAGUUGUUGAUUGCGGAAAUGGAGUUGACCAAAUCGGAAAACAUCAUGAAGUACAAGAAGGAAAUCGCCGCCAGACCAAGAAGAACCUGGUUCGAAACCGCCCAGGAAAAGAAGCAGUCGACCGUCAUGGCCGCCUUGACCAAGGGCGGGAAGAAAGUCAACUCUAGAAAGAGAAAGGCCGACGAGGUCAGAAAGGAGGAGCCAGGCAGGUCCUAUAAGAAGACCAAGAACGACAGGGUCACCGACCAAGACAGAAGCUUCAAGAAGCAGCUGGCCAAGUCCGUGGAGAAACAGAAGAAGAAGAAGCCAACCUACAAAAAGUAA